AUGCAGUUCCUGUCGGCCUUCUCACUAUUCUCCAUGGCUCUUGCAGCCCCAGCACCACUGGUUCCCCGGGCCAAUCCCACGGUAGUCGCGCCCGCAGCACAAGCUACCAUCGCUGGUGUCAGUGGUGACCGUGUCGAGUCGUUCAAGGCCAUUCCAUUUGCUCAACCUCCCGUGGGUCAACUCCGUCUCAAGCCGCCACAGCCCAUCACAGCUGCUCUUGGAAACGUCGACGGCACCAAGGACGCUCGAGCAUGUCCUCAAUUCUUCUUCAGCGUAGCGGACAGCAACAUCCCGGGAAAUGUGUUGGGAACGCUUCUGAAUACACCCAUCUUCCAGGCCGCCACCAAUGCUGGAGAAGAUUGUCUUACUAUCAAUGUACAGAGACCGACUGGUACCAAGGCAGGAGACAAGUUACCGGUACUCUUCUGGAUCUAUGGAGGAGCCUUUGAAUUGGGAUCAACGUCAAUGUACGACGGCAGUAGCCUGGUGACUGAGUCCGUCGCCCAAGGCAAACCCAUUAUUUUCGUGGCCGUCAACUACCGGGUUGGAGGCUUUGGAUUCAUGCCCGGAAAAGAGAUCCUUGCUGAUGGAUCGGCCAACCUAGGCCUUCUUGAUCAGCGCUUAGGGCUAGAAUGGGUUGCGGACAAUAUCGCAGCUUUUGGAGGAGAUCCCGACAAGGUCACCAUUUGGGGCGAGAGUGCAGGUGCUAUCUCAGUCAUGGAUCAGAUGAUGUUGUAUGACGGAGACAACAACUACAAAGGAAAGCCCCUCUUCCGUGCUGGCAUAAUGAACAGUGGAUCUAUCGUGCCAGCAGAUCCAGUGGAUUGCCCCAAGGGCCAAGCCAUCUACGAUACCGUUGUAAAAGAAGCCGGUUGCGCAGGUUCCUCCGACACACUCUCCUGCCUGCGUGAAGUUCCAUACACCAAGUUUCUCUCAGCGGCAAACUCGGUUCCAGGGGUCCUCUCCUAUUUCACAGUCAAUCUGUCUUACUUGCCCCGACCCGACGGCAAAACGCUAACCGCUUCACCCGAUACGCUUGUAGUGGCAGGCAAAUACGCAAAAGUACCAUUUAUUGUGGGCGAUCAAGAGGACGAGGGCACGCUCUUCGGUCUCUUCACCGCAAAUCUCACUACGAAGGCCGAACUCACCACCUAUCUUUCCGAGAUAUUUUUCAACAGCGCGUCGCCAAGCGACAUUGCUCGACUAGUAGACUCGUACCAAAACACCUUGGAGGACGGAUCGCCCUUCCGUACAGGCUUAUUGAACAACUUGUUCCCACAGUUCAAGCGAUUCUCCGCUAUAAUAGGGGAUCUGACAUUUACACUUAGCCGACGACUCUUCCUUGAGACGGCUGCACAGGCCAAUCCAAACGUACCUAGUUGGUCAUACCUCUCGACAUACAACUUUGGAUUCCCUAUUCUCGGCACGUUCCACGGAUCCGAUCUCUUGCAGGUAUUCUAUGGGGUGUUACCAAACAAUGCUGCCAAGUCAAUAAGGGGGUACUACUACAACUUUGUGUAUGAUUUGAACCCGAAUGUAGGCAAUGACUAUGGAAAUUGGCCGCAAUGGAGUGAGGGUCAACAGUUGAGGGAGUUCAAGGCCAGCAGCAACGACUAUUUGAAUGAUGACUUUAGGAGCGACACCUAUGCGAUUUUGAAACAGAAUAUUGGUUCAUUGAAGGUUUGA